AUGGCAACGUCGAGGACCCCAAUUCUUUUCGUCUUGACCUUGACCGUUUUGUUUCCAAUGGCUAACUCGCAAACUUUUGAUAGUUUUUGGUUUGUUCAACAAUGGCCACCAGGAGUUUGUGCAUUCCAACCAGUGCCAUGCGUCCAACCAAACCUAGAAUCCUUUACCAUCCAUGGCUUGUGGCCUCAAAAGGGAAGGACCUCUGCAACUGGGUGCCAUGGCACCGAUUUUACAUAUGAUAAGAUUUCUCUCCUUGAAAGCCCUCUGAAUGCGACUUGGCCAGAUGUGAUAGGGGGAAACCAAAAACAAUUUUGGAGACAUGAGUGGAAUAAGCAUGGGAAGUGCUCAGAAAAGACGUUCCGCCAAAGCACAUACUUUUGGAUAUCUAUUCAUAUGAGAAAUAGGUUCAGACUUCUCUACACCCUCGGAGUUGCUGGAAUAGUGCCGAACAACGGCACCAAGGAAAAGAUACAAGUGCAGAAGGCCAUUAAGCAGAGCUUUAGGACGGAACCAAUUCUUCGUUGUACAACACCAUCUAAGAGACCAACUUCUCCAUCUGUGGUGAUUGCUCGAUUGGCGGAGAUUGUGAUGUGCUUUGCUGACAAUGGUAUCACUCUUAUCAAUUGUGAUGCUACAAAAUCCACUUGUCCUAAAAAGUUCAUAUUUUAAAACCUCAUAUAAUGACAUAAAUUCAAAUAAGUUGUUCACUAUA